UCUAUUCCCCCUAUAGUGAUUAUCCCUUACCCCCUAAUGCCACGAUAUGACGCGUCUGGCCAUUUCCCUAAUGACGACUUAUGACGACUAUACACAUUGCCCUUUUAAUCCUUGUUUAUUUCACAUAUCUUAUUUAAAAUUGGUACCACCUUACGCAGGAGGGAAUAAACAAUGCAUACGUAAUCAUUCCAUAUAUGGUAAUGAUUCGUGGAACUGGCUAUCACGUGAUACAAACACCUGUAAUGAAGUAAAAAAAAUGGCGUCGUCCGACGAGUAUGAUUCCGAUUUGGACCGUGUUUUUGACAUUUUAAACGAUUCCUCUGGCUCUGAGUUUUCUGGAUUCGAUAGUGACGAUGUGGCAUCAAGUUCUGAUGAAGAAGACGACAGGAAUCCGGCAGAUUGGCAGCCGAAUAACCGCGAAAAUCCUCAACACCUUGACGAUAACAACAAUGGCGACGUUCCUACAUGUGCUUUACGUCCCGGUCCAAAGUUGCCAGAUGACUUCAACAAAGACACCGCUGGACCUUUUGAUUAUUUCAGUGUGUUUGUCCCUGAUGACAUGUACGAUCGCAUAGCGAGGGAAACAAAUGCUUAUGCAGAACUUUGCCAACGAGAGAAGAACGAAAGAGACUCUGCGUGGUCCGAGACUUCCGGCGAGGAAAUUCGUGCAUACCUGGGACUUAACAUCGUUAUGGGCGCCUCACCACGACAUCAAUACGAGGACUAUUGGAGGGACGAUGACUUCCUAGGAUGUGCCGGGUUUAAAACUGUGAUGACUAGGGACAGGUAUGCUAAACUAACACAGUACCUUCAUGUGAAUUGUGCUGCCGCCCGCGUUCCAAGAGAUGACCCCCAGUAUCACCCCAUCAACAAAGUGAAGCCGUUGUACGAUGUGACGAAAGCCAACUUCAAACUGUACUAUCAACAUUCCACAGAAAUCUCAAUUGAUGAGGCCAUGAAAGGGUAUAAAGGGCGGACACAACUAAGACAGUACAUGCCAGCCAAACCGGAGAAAUUCGGGAUCAAAUUCUGGGCACGUUGUGAUGGGAGGACAUCCUUUAUGAGUGAUUAUGUGCUUUACACAGGUAAACGAGACAGAACACCAAUUCAACAGAGAUUUGGACUGGGAUACAGUGUUGUUCAUCACCUAACAAGAGACUUAGUGGGCCUCAAUCAUCACUUGUACCAUGACAGGUUUUUCACCGGUGUUCAACUUGCAAAUGAUCUGUUUGAAGAAGACAUCUACACCUGUGGAACAGUGAAUCCAAACCGAAAGGACUUGCCACCACCCCUAAGACAGAAGAAGUCAGUCCUGAAGCGUCAAUUGCCUAACCGAGGAGAUUCGGUGUCUUACAUCAAAGACAAUCUCAGUGUGACCGCAUGGAAUGACAACAACAUUGUGAUGAUCGUGCACAACAACAGCACCAGUGAUCCUGUCCGAUGUGAACGUCAGGUUGGUCGACAGCGUGUAAUGGUUCCUCAGCCCAAGGCCAUAGCAGACUACAACCAGUUCAUGAACGGUGUAGACCUCCAUGAUCAACUGAGGAAAAAGUAUGCCUGUGGUCGACCAAGCAAGAAGUACUGGAAAUACAUUCUCUGGUUUAUCUUGGACUGCUGUCGUGUGAACGCGUACCUCGUGUACAAGGAGGCAUCAUCGAGGACCAUCCGAAAGAAGCGUUACACCCACCUGGAUUUCGUUAUUGAACUUGGACGUGCCAUGAUUGGGAACUUUACCUCCAGGAAAAGAGUGUGUGUACGAGAAUCCUUGGCUCCUAUGUUCGUCGAGAACAACCGAGUUAACCAUGUGUUUCUUCGCCUGGAUGGAAAACGCCGCAGAUGCAAAGGAUGCCAUGUGUCGAAUAUCCGCAAGGAAGUUGUGACGGGUUGUCCUACCUGUAACAUUCACCUCUGUAAGAACUGCUACCUUGCAAGGCACUGAGUCAAAAAACUAGUCGAAAUCAGAAGUCCAAAUGUGAUUGAUUCCUCAAGUGUGAUAAAAUUGUGAUUGUGAUUGUGAUAAGCUAUUUUUACCUGUAAUACCUGAUUAAUAUACUGUACCUGAUCUUGUGAUAUAUAUGUGAGACAAUUGUAAUACUUAUUUGACAAUAACAAACUGUUAACUGAUCAUGAGUCAUUUCUCUAGUCUCAUAAAGCCACAUUUAUUAUGUCUUUGUUCAUUGUUCAGUUCUCUGUUUACGUAUUUUAUAUUUCAACUUUUACUCAGGUAAAUAACAAUGUGAUAGUUUUAUUUUUGCAUGUUUUUAGAUAGAUAUUUACUUAUUUAUUUAUUUAUUUAUUUAUUUUCAACAAUAGUGUUAUAAAAAACCAAUGUAAUUGGUACUAUGAAUUAUAUUUGAUGCACAGGUAAAUUUACCUGGAUAUACCUGCAUUAUGUUUUGCAGGUGCUGUUAAUGUAAUAAUAAAGUCUAGAAAUGAAAACAUCUAAGAAUUCUGAAUUCAAUGAUAUAUUACAUGUUAUAGUUCAAAGCUUUUCAAAAUUUAUUUAUUGUUGCAUCUUUAUACAUAGUAAUUUCCGUUCAGUGUAUUGAUCUCAGUUUUCAGGUAAAAUACCUGACUUUUUUAUAUUAUAUUGAAGGAAAAUGCUUAAUUGAUUGUUAUUUAUUUAUUAUUUCAUGAACAGAACAGAUUUUAUCCAUGAAUUAAUCUAUACUUUGUAUUUCUAAUAGUGCACAGGUAAAUUUACCUGAAUAAACAAUUUAUAUGAAAAUGUUUCUGCAAUAUGACAUACUAGUGUUAAAGUUCAAUCUUUCCCGGUUCUCAUGAUGUAUCAUAUGUUAUGUUUUGAUGAUGAUUUAGUUUAAUAAAGAUGUUUUCAAAACACUCCUUGUUUUCUUUCAAAUGAGCUAAAAACCUCUAGGGGGAGGCCUAGAAAAGCCUUUAGGGAAAUGAGAGAUGCGUCAAAAGGUGGCAUCAGGG